AUGACCUCUUCAUCGGAGAAGUCGCCGUCACUCGAGGGGAAAGGUGCCCUCGACGACGAGAAACGAUUCCAUACGACCGCGGAGUACAGAGAGGUUGACGAAGCUGCCCAGCUUUCUGACCAGACCACUGUUGAUCCUGCGGAGUCGGCCAGAAUUCGGCGCAAGAUUGACUGGCACAUUCUUCCUUUGAUGUGUAUUCUCUACUUGAUCCAGUUCAUGGACAAAACCACACUCGGAAGCUCUGCCAUUCUCGGCCUCAAGACAGACACUCACUUGAACGCAACGGAAUUUAAUUGGCUAGCUACAAUUUUCUACAUUAGUUAUCUAAUCUUCGAAUACCCUCAAAGUCUGGCAUUCCAACGAUUUCCGGUCGGAAAGUGGAUGAGUAUCAACGUCCUUAUCUGGGCUAUUGCUAUGUGCUUCCAUGCUGCAUGUCAGAACUUCGCAGGACUUUUCGUUGUGCGUUUCAUUCUUGGCGUGUGUGAAGGGAGCGUAACAGCAGGAUUCAUGAUCGUUUGCUCUAUGUUCUACACACGGAAAGAGCAGAUUACUCGCUACGGCUAUUGGUUUUUGAUGAAUGGUGCGGCCGAAGUCGUUACUGGAUUCCUUGCUUUUGGAUCACUGCAUAUCAAUACUCCAAAAUUCGAGCCCUGGAGGUGGCUGAUGAUCAUGUGCGGCAUAAUUACCCUUGUUACUGGAAUUUGCUAUUGGUUCUUCUUCCCGGAUUCUCCGACGUCCGCAUGGUUUCUGACUCGCGAGGAACGCAUUAUAGCCGUGAAUCGUAUUAAGGAGAACCAGGCUGGCAUCGAAAAUAAACAUUUCAAGAAAGAACAAAUGAUAGAAUGCCUUACAGAAAUGAAGACUUGGAUCUUCUUUUUGUUUUACUCUGUCCUAGAAAUUCCGAACUCGCUCAUCAAUCAAAACAGCAUUCUCAUUCAAGCCUUUGGUUUCACAACAUUUCAAACUACGCUGCUCAGUAGCGCCAGUGGGAUGGUGAAAAUAUUUGGUAUAUUCACGGGUGUACACAUAGCGGCAAGCCUUAAGGACAGUAUUGCCUUCGUCGGGGCGUCAUAUCUCGUACCAGUCGUCAUUUGUUCCAUCCUCGUCAACGUGCUUCCAUUGUCAAACAAAGGCGGAUUGCUCGCAAGCAUAUACCUCACUCAGCUAAGUACUACUACUACCGCACUGUCGCUUGCCUGGGCAGCGCAGACAACGGCUGGUCACACGAAACGCAUCACAAUGAACGCAAUCAUGCUCAUGGCAAACUGCAUUGGAAACGCGGUUGGUCCUCAGAUGUGGCUAGCGAAAUACGCACCUCGUUUUCAUGUGCCGUGGACUGUCAUUGCGAUUUGCUAUGUCAUCUGCGCUGUGCUUCUUUUAGUCCAGCGCUAUAUGCUCAACGAGGAGAACAAGAAGCGUGAUAACGAACCACUAGAUACCACUUAUGAUGAUGUUUGGGUCAAGGUUACAGGUGAAAAUGGAGACAUCAUCGAGAAGAGGGUCGAUAGAGCAUUCCUUGAUCUUACCGAUCGCCAGAAUAGGGACUUCCGUUAUGCACUCUAGCACGCGUAUUUCUUUCAUAAACUAAGUAUCAG